GAUAAGGAAAAGCCCAAAAAUGAAUGGCCCCCUUAGCCAACCCAAUUCGGUUUAGAGUCCAGUAGUCCACGCCUCUCUCUCUCGAACCCAAUUCACUCUUCUGUUCACCGAUCUCCACCGCCGACUCCAUAGCCGACCACCAACCACCGAUUUUUCCUUCAACAGCGACAUGCACACAUAGACUUGGGGAGGGAUGGAACAAUCCGAGGAAGAUGCGAUCGGAGCGGCUUCCCAAAAAUUGUCCCAUGAAUUCAAAACCCUCAUCAAUGCCAAGGAUUUGGAUUCUCUCAAACAGUUGCAGCACCUCAUAUUGGGAAGGUUGCAGGACAGUAAUGCUGUUCUCUCGCAUUUUAACGAGUACUCAGAGCAGUGCUUUGCAGAGGUUUCCAGUGAUUUUUCUAGAAAUACACGUCUCUUAAGGUCGAUGAAGUCAGAUCUUGACUACAUAUUUCAGAAGCUGAGAAGCCUGAAGGCGAAGAUUUUGGCUACCUAUCCGGAUGCAUUUCCAGACGAUUCAACGAUAGAAGCGCUUGAUCGGAGACCGGACCUGGAAAUGCCUCAUUAGCACUUACUGGUACCUAAAGUUGGAUAAAUGUAAGUAUGAUAUUCUUUUUUUUUUUUUUGGUGAGGGACAGAAAUUCAGACGAAGGUUUACCCAUCGCUGGUAAUUCUGGUAGAAUAAAUCCCUUUCACUUCCCCUCUC